AUGGUCGCCGCCCGCGGCAAGCGCUCCCGCCAUCCUCCUGCGACGCAUCCCCGCCCGCCGGCGCCGCCGCCGCAUCUGACGGCGCUGCUGGCGGACCUGGCCUCCGCGGUCUCCAUGUCGCUGCGCUUCGCGUCGGACCGGGACCUCCUGCUGCGGCCCGCCCAGGCGCUGGCGCUCGACCCGCUGCUCCUCGCCGCCGCGCGCGCCGUCUCCCGCCUCCUCGCCCUCCUCCCGCUCCACCUCCAGACCCUCACCCUCACCUCCCUCUCCCUCUCCCCGCCGGCCCCGCCGCCCUCAUCCCUCCCAUCCUCCUGGUUCCUCCGCCUCCUCUCCUCCCCCCUCCACGACGCCGCCUGGCGCGACGCCUUCCGCAUGUCCCGCCCCGCCUUCUUCCACCUCCUCCACUGCCUCUCCCUCUCCGACCCCCCCUCCUCCUCCUCCGCCCUCUCCCUCCCGCCCUCCCACAAGCUCGGCGCCGCGCUCUACCGCCUGGCCCACGCCGCCCCAGCACGGGCCGUGGCGCGCCGCUUCGGCCUCCCAUCCCCCGCCAUCGCCGCACGCGCCUUCUACGAGGUCUGCCGCGCCGUCGCCGACCGCCUGGCCGCCCUGCUCGACCUGGCAGCGCCCGACCGCAUCUCCCGCGCCGUGCCCGGCUUCUGCGCGCUCUCCCUCCCCAACUGCUGCGGCGCGCUCGGCUACGCGCGCUUCGGGGCCGCCGCCGUCACCGCGCAGGCGCUCGUCGACGCCGAGGGCCGCUUCCUCGACGUCUCCGUCGGCUGGGACCCCUCCGCCCCGCCCCCCGAGAUCCUGCCGCGCACCAAGCUCUGCGCCGCGCAGGCCCUCGUCCUCUCCAACGCGCCCCAGGGCGAGCUCAUCGGCGGCUCCGUGCCCCGCUACUUCCUCGCGCCCGCCUGCUGCCCGCUGCUCCCCUGGCUCGUCACGCCGUACAGGGACAACACCGUGACUUCCAGACACCACGACAUGUCGUCGUCGUCCAAGGAGAGGAUCUUCAACAGCGUGCACGCCCACGGGGCGCAGCUCGUCCGGAACGCCUUCGCCCAUGUGCGCGCGCGCUGGCGGCUUCUCGGGGAACCCUGGAAGGGCGACUGCCAGGAGGCGCUGCCGUACGUCGUCGUCGCGGGAUGCCUGCUGCACAACUUUCUCGUCAAGCUCGGCGAGCCAUUGCCAGACGAUGCUGUUCCGGUGGACGCCGGCGACGACGCCUUUCCGGACUACCAGGGAGACAACGACAGGGAAGGGGAGAGGAUCCGGGAUGUUCUUGCUGUGCACCUCAGCCUGCUAAGCCGCACCCAGAGACAGUCGGUCAGCAGUUUGUGAGACCUCUGCAGUUUUCUCCCCUAGUCUAGUGUACAUACUAUCAGUAGUCUCUAGUAUUCAGCAGCAUCACGGUGAUUCCUUCCUUCCUGUAUGAGUAAUGCUGAGCUUGUAUCGGAGCUGC